AUGGUAAUCGCAAAGUGUCUGCUUGUUAGUUGCCUGCAGAGGUUUUCACGGCUUGGACAGAUAAGAACCCUGGCCGAAGGUCCUUUGGAUGUGAAUUCUGAAGUAGAAGUGAAAGGUUGGCCUAGGAAGGCUUUGAUUCAAGCUCGAGAUGAAAUACGAGAGAAGAAGAAAUGGAUCAAUGAACUUACGGCCACUGUCAAUGAGCUAUCGGUCACUGUCAAUGAGCUAACGGCCACUGUCAAUGGGCUUUGUAUGGAGUUGGAGCAGCAGAAGGUGAAGAAACGAGCUUCUCGUGAAAUGGUUGUAUAUCGACGAUCCAUAAUUAUGUGA